GUGAACGAGUAUCCUCGAGGAGUGGGGUUAUCUCCUCACAUUGACACUCACUCCGCUUUUGAAGGUGCGAUCCUCUCGCUCUCUCUUGCUGGCCCAUGUGUGAUGGAGUUCCGGCGGUAUGCUGUGGACAGUUCGGGCUUGGAAGCGGACUUGGGAGUUCCCAGCGAACACGAACGCGUACGGGAGGAAGACGGUCGGGCGGCAGAGGCACUAAGUGAGGACAUCGCCAGGGAACGGUCUUUGUCUUCAAUCUUCUUGCCACCAAAGGCGGUGCCGGAGUCGAUUAGUGGAUGUCAUACUGCCGGCAUCGGAACAGAAAGAGAAGUUCUUCAGCAAACUGUGCCAGCCGCACAGCCGAAUAUAUCCACUGAUAACAAUGAUAAGAUAAAAGAGGCUGUAGUGUUUGGCAAUGGAAACGGUUGUGGUGCGGACUGUGAGGAGGGAAGAGGAGGGAAAUUACAGGAAGAUAGCUGUUGUGCCACAAUGCAGCGAAGAGCAGUGUUUCUUCCACAGAGAUCAUUGUUGGUUAUGCUCGAUGAAGCCCGAUACGCUUGGAAUCACUACAUCCCUCACCGAAAGGUGCGACACGGACCAUGUCAAUGUACUUUUUUGGCGUAUUGUGACGAGGGUAAGGAACGUGCAAGAUCUACAAGUCAGGCGUGAUGCAAACGAUUCUAAUAAGAUUCUUCAGAGAAGAUGCAGAUGUGAAACGGCUAAAUGCCGUAAACAGGUAAUACCCCCUCUUGCAGUGUAGCCGAGCAAAUGCGACAUCUGUGUGUGACAGCACCCAACCGCUGUUCUGACGUGUUGCUUGUUGCGCCGUUAUUUGAAUAAUAAUGCCACAACUUUAUAGGGGUAUUGCUUGAUUGGUGCCCAAGCAGCUGAGAUGGUUGGCUAGUCCCCCCUGGCCGGUUUGGUAGGACCCAGGGUGUUCGGCGGGAGGACGAGUUGUGCCGUCCUGUGAUCCGAGCUUGCAGAGGCUUCACCCUUGGUCCUGCCACUGGCUGCCAGCGCUCGUCCCUCGCUGGGGGUGAGGAGCGCAGGUACUACUCCCCCUGCACAGAGCAGAGUGGGGACAGAGACAUAGAGGCCGAGGCCGCCAAGCAGGUUGUUCAGAGCGCUGCUUAUAGAGUUCCUCAUAUAGAGAGGUAGGUAGUUGGAGGUAGUAGGUAGAAGAGCUAUAUUGAGUGAAGAAUAUAUAUAAUAUAUUAUAUAAGCUUAGUUUUUAAUUUUAAUUGAAAAUAUAUAUACAUAUAUAUCAUCAAACAGAGCUUCCCGAUAGACUGUAGGCAGAGAGGGAGAAGAGGACCACACGAGGGGCUGUGACAGACUUUUUCGCCGGAGUUGCACCGACCCAUCAGGAGGCUGAAGGAGAGAGAGAGAGAGAGAGAGAGAGAGAGAGAGAGAGAGAGUGCUCUUCCACUGUUUGAAAAAAGCACUGUCACAUGCCCUUUCAAAAAGAGGCAUUUCUCUUCUGUCAAAUCCGAUGGGAAUUCAAACCUUCUCUAAUCCGUGUCUUAAACGAGUUUUCAUUAGUAUACUGUUUUGAAAACCAUUAUAAUGUGCAGGGACGCUGGACCCGAUUUCCAGCAGGUGCUGCUCCCCACCAAUAGAUGGAGCCUCCAUGGGAGUGCUAGCGGUGUCUGCUCUUACCAGCACCCCUAGCACCACCCCGGGUGUUAAAAAAAAAAAAACAAAAAAAAAACGAGUUUUCAUUAUGUGCCGGAAACUAGGUCCGGUGUCGCUGACAAGUUACAAGAAGAAUUCGCUCGAGCAACUCGACGAUGCCCUCUCGUCACGGACGAGGGACUCUCAGAUAGUGGCACUGGAUAGUAGAUACGGCAGCUGAGAAAGGUUGCGGACUGCAAGGCUGGGGGCCGUGUACUUGUGGUUGAAGAGACUUGGCUUGUGAGGCCGAAGUCGCCGGUUCGAUGCCGUGCGUGCACGGAGGAGGGCUUAGGCCGGUUUGCGGACGCAAUCCGUAUAAACAAAUCAUGUCCGGUGCG